AUGCUUAUCAAGCCCUCAACCAUCCGCUUCGCCCGUCUCCCUGUCCUGCGCGCUUCAUCACUAUUGAUCCGCUCAUCACCUCUUAAGCAACUCACCCCUGCUCAAUCUCCCUUCCGCGCAUUCUCCUCAACUCCAAUCCCCAAAUUCACCCAAUCCUUCAAAAUGGCUGGUGGCAACGUUAUUCAGAUCAACACUGCCGCUGAGUGGAAGACCCUCGUUGAGGAGUCCACAGAACCAAUCCUCGUCGACUUCUUCGCCGAGUGGUGCGGUCCCUGCAAGGCCAUCUCCCCCAAGAUCGAGGAGCUGAGCGUCACCCACGAAGGUGCCCUCAAGGUUUACAAGGUCGAUGUUGACCAGCUGCAGGAAGUCGCUGCUGACAACGGUGUCUCCGCUAUGCCUACCUUCUUCUUCUACAAGAACGGUGCGAAGGUCCAGGUUGUUCGUGGUGCCAACCCCCCUGCUAUCUUGGCUGGUGUCAAGACUCUGCUUGAGUAA